AUGACGUCCAACGGCCAGAACACCGAAGCUUCCGAGCUUGACGAGGAGAUGGAGCAUGCCAACCCCGACGCGUCGCGUCAGGAAACCAGGACCAACGGCAUCACCCACGAUCGCAUCGAUGAGGAACAGUCGGCUGAUCCUGGCCCUGAGGCCAGCGCUGCUGCUAGUGAUGGAUCCGGCAUGGAAGAGUCUUCCGCUCCCAACGCUGAGACCAGCAACAACACCGUUGUCCCCGAAGAUGACAUGGCCACUCGCUACCCUGAGCUCCAUGCCGAGAUGGCGGCCUACAUGGCGGCCCAAGCCAGGUGUGAUGAUGAUCGUGCCGGCUUUGAGGCUGCAGUCGAUCAGAACGAGUAUGAGGUGCUCAAUCUUUGGCGCAUACAGUCCUUGUCCGUUCAGUUUGCCGCGCGCAUGGAGCACAGCGGACAAUACAGUGAGGAGGACCUGGAUGAUUGGAGGAUCAACCCGCUUGUGGAAGCCGAUCUUGAGCGUAUCUUGCAAGUCAUCCAUCGUACGAACAGAGGCCUCAGGAUGCUGGGCAUACGUCGCGCCGCGUUGAUGGUAUGGGGCGCUGACCUGCACACGAGGUUCGAGGCUGCGGAAGAGGAGGAGGAAGCGAGGAUGGAGCGCACGGAGUGA